UGUGUGGGUGUCAGUUGCUGUAAUUGAGCGUCCUCCAGAACCAACCUGAAUUAAUCAUAUGCAGGAGGAGAGAAAAUAAAAUGCCCCUUUUUCAGAGCUGGGUUCCACUGGCUACUUGGAAGCCUGGAAACCGCUGCAGAACUCUCUGCUGAUGGAGGACCCCGACAAGAAACUGAAUCAGAAGAGCGACGACAAACCCAGGAAAGUACGCUUCAAAAUCUCCUCUUCCUACAGCGGCCGAGUGUUGAAGCAGGUCUUUGAGGAUGGGCAGGAAUUAGAGUCACCCAAAGAGGAAUACCCUCACAGUUUUCUGCAGGAAGCCCUUGAACCAAUGGAUGGUGUUUAUGGGUCAGGAGAAGCCCCCAAGCCCCAGCUGUACUCCCCUAAACUGACCGCUCAGAGGAUCAGUGUUUUCCGAGAUAGCGGUGCCUACACACUGGCGAGCAGUCAGCCUCUGUUCAAUGACUACAAGGUGAACGACCAUAAGCCUCCACCUAUCAUAGACUUUGGGAAGAUAAUCAUCUACACAAACAACCUGAAAAUCAUCCGAACCCCGAUGGACAAAAGGGACUUCAUGAGGAAAAUCCUCCAGAAGGAAGAGGUUGCUGAGAAAGAGGCUCUGAUGAGCACAGGAGAAAGCGAUGGAGAUAGGGAGCAAAAUGCCAGCCCCCUGCCAGAGACGGAAGGCAUGUUUCUCCAUAAUGAGCACAUACAGGAUGGGUUGGUCCCUGAGGACAACUGUCUCCACUGCCAGGGGUCUGGCAUCGCCACCUGUUCUCUGUGCCAUGGCAGCAAGUUUUCAAUGCUGGCUAACAGAUUCAAGGAGUCCUAUCGAGCCCUCAGGUGCCCGGCCUGCAAUGAGAAUGGCCUGCAACCUUGCCGAAUUUGCAGCCCAUAGUCUGUAGCCCUGUUUUUCACGUUGCUUUUAUUGCCCUCUCACAGGCUACUCCUAAUAAAGCAACCCUCUUCCUCCUGCUUCUCUCAGAAAUCGAGCU